UCCCACUAUCAGGUCAUUCCUUUGGCGUCACUUCCGCCUAGCUGAAGACACUUGCAAAAAGCUUGGCGGGAAUUGUAGAUUUCGAAGCUAGUGCACCAGAUUUUGCGGUCUGCAAGUGCUGUGUAGGGCAAGAGAGGGAAAACUGCGCUUUAAGAAAAGAGUGGAUAAGAGUCGGGCGUGGUGGCUCAUGCCUGUAGCCGCAAGAAGCCGAAAGAAAGGUCGCAGCGAGUUCACAGCCGGGGCUACAGAGCUCACCAUGCCUACAGCUGGCAACAAAAAGAAAGCUCCUACACCUCCGAUUUCUUGUUCAACAAGCGAACCAUAUACACAGCUGGACUAUUUACCUGACAAGCUCAGAACAAGGCUGCUUCCAUUCCAAAAGGAUGGCAUUGUUUUUGCCCUCAGAAGAGAUGGCAGGUGUAUGGUGGCGGAUGAAAUGGGUCUAGGAAAGACAAUCCAAGCAAUUGCAAUUGCUUAUUUCUACAAAGAGGAGUGGCCUCUGCUGAUAGUCGUCCCUUCAUCUCUGAGAUACCCUUGGGUAGAAGAACUAGAAAAAUGGGUCCCAGAGCUAGAACCAGAGGAAAUCAAUGUUAUCAUGAACAAAACAGACACUGGGAGAAUACAGACCAGCAGCGUGACAGUUCUGGGCUAUGGUCUCUUAACCACAGAUGCUCAGGCUUUGGUGGAUGCCCUGAACAGCCAGAACUUCCAAGUGGUGAUAGUGGAUGAAUCGCAUUACAUGAAGUCCAGAACUGCCGCCCGCAGCAAGAUUCUCCUGCCUGUGGUGCAGAAGGCCAGGCGAGCCAUUCUUCUUACAGGAACCCCAGCUCUGGGAAGGCCUGAGGAGCUUUUUAUGCAGAUUGAGGCCCUUUGCCCACAAAAAUUUGGAACUUGGAUCGAGUAUGCUAAAAGAUACUGCAAUGCACAGAUCAGAUACUUUGGUAAAAGGCGUCAGUGGGAUUGUAGAGGGGCAUCAAACCUCAGUGAACUUCACCAAUUGUUGAGUGACAUAAUGAUCAGAAGACUAAAGAGCGAAGUUUUAAGCCAGCUGCCCCCAAAAGUCAGACAGCGUAUUCCAUUUGACCUCCCACCAGCAGCUGUCAAGGAGCUGAAUGCCAGCUUUGAAGAAUGGCAAAAAUUAAUGAGAGCUCCAGACUCAGGCACUACGAAGACAGUUUUAGGGUUGAUAACGAGCAUGUUCAAACAGACUGCAAUGGCUAAGGCAGGUGCAGUGAAGGACUACAUUAAGAUGAUGCUACAGAAUGAGUCUCUGAAGUUUCUGGUCUUCGCUCACCAUUUGAGUAUGCUCCAAGCUUGCACAGAGGCUGCCAUCGAAAAUAAGGCUCGCUACAUCAGGAUAGAUGGAAGUGUUCCAUCUUCAGAAAGGAUCCACCUGGUUAAUCAGUUUCAGAAGGACCCCCACACCCGCGUGGCUAUCCUGAGCAUUCAGGCUGCUGGCCAGGGUUUAACAUUUACUGCUGCAAGUCACGUUGUCUUUGCUGAGUUGUACUGGGACCCUGGGCAUAUCAAACAAGCUGAGGACCGAGCUCACCGGAUUGGACAGUGCAGUUCUGUGAAUAUUCACUACCUGAUUGCAAACGGUACUCUGGACAGCCUAAUGUGGGCGAUGCUGAACCGAAAGGCCCAGGUCACAGGGAGCACACUGAAUGGGAGAAAGGAAAGACUCCAGGCUACAGAAGAUGACAAGGAAAAGUGGGGUUUUCUGCAAUUUGCUGAAGCAUGGACCCCAAGUGACAGCUGUGAAGAGCUCAAGGAUGCUGUGUUCACUCAUUUUGAAAAAGAAAAACAGCAUGACAUUCGAUCGUUCUUCUUACCAAAACUGAAAAAGAGACAGUUGGAAACAUCCUGUGGUGAGUCAAAGGCAUUCAAGGAGAAGGUUACAGUGACCUCAGACCCUAAAAGCAUGGCUACAGGAGACAGCACUGAGGACAAAAAUGGUUUUGAACCUGAAGCUAAAAGAUUGAAGUCACUCGGCACCAGGGACCACAGUGGUGCCCUGGAGGAAAGACCAUCCUUGCAAGCCAGGGCCGUGUCCAUGGAAGGCGUCCGUGAGGCCCAGUCCCCGCCGGCCUCCUCAGCCCUUCCUAAGAAGCAGUGGCAGUGUGGCUUCUGCACAUUCAUCAAUGACCCCGACCUUCCUUACUGUGAGAUGUGCGAGAACCCUCAGGGCAGAGCUGCUGGCCUCAGCAAUAUGCAGGAUAACAACAAAGCUGAGGAAAACAGUUCUCAUCAAAGCCCCUCCAGAAAUCACCAGGCUAGUUUGGACUGUGUAAAACAACUGCCUGAAUGGUCAGAAGCUGAGCAGGCCAAUAACAAGGAAGAAACAUUGGAAGGUGCAAGGGAAGGCAGACUGACGUCCCCGGCAGGGGUUGGGCAGUUGAGUAACUCAGGCACCCUGCCAGUGUGUGAGACCUUCAUGUUCUGUGCGAGUCAGAACACCGAGCGCAUCCACCUGUAUACCAAGGAUGGAAAGCCGAUGAACAGUAAUUUCAUUCCUUUGGAUAUAAAAUUAGACCUUUGGGAAGACUUACCAGCAAGCUUUCAACUGAAACAGAAUCGCUCUGUGAUUCUGAGGUUCGUCCGAGAAUGGAGUAGUCUGACUGCCAUGAAGCAGAGGAUGAUCAGGAAAAGUGGGCAGCUGUUCUGCAGCCCAGUCCUGGCCUUGGAGGAGAUCACAAAACAACAAGCCAAAGAACAUAGUACCAAAAGAUACAUCACUAAAGAAGACGUUGCCACAGCCUCCAUGAACAAGGCGAAGAGUGCUGGGGGCCACAUCCGUUUGAUCACCAAGGAGUCCAGGCCACAGGACCCUUCUACAAAAGAGCUUGACAGAACCUGUGUCCUGUCUCCGAAUGCCGGCCCAGGUGAUCUUGCUGUUGAGCUGUCUCCAUCCAAAGGCUAUGUUCAAGCUGUGGAUAAGGAAGGAAGGCCGCUCUGCCUCCGCUGCCAGCAACCCACCUGCCAGCCAGAGCAAGGGCCCAAAGCCAGCGCCUGGGACUCACGGUUCUGCUCCCUUAAGUGUCAGGAAGAAUUCUGGAUCCGAUCCAAUAACAGUUACCUGAGAGCCCAGGUGUUUGCAGUGGAGCACGGUGUGUGUCAGCUGUGCAGUGUGAAUGCACAGGAACUCUUCCUGCGAGUGAGAGAUGCCCCUAAAAGUCAGAGGAAGAGUCUUCUAGACACUGCCUGGAUUGCAAAGCUGCCAUUGGAGCAGCUAAAUGAAAUGCUAAGAAGCCCAGGAGAAGGCCACUUCUGGCAGGUGGAUCACAUCAAGCCAGUGUAUGAGGGAGGGGGACAGUGCUCCCUGGACAACCUGCAGACUCUUUGCACAGUGUGCCACAGAGAGAGAACCGCCCAACAAGCCAAGGAAAGAAGUCAGGCGAGACGACAGUCUCUGGCAGCGAAGCACGGGUCAGACAUCACUCGCUUUCUGGUGAAGAAGUGAAGCAGAGCAGACGGCUUGCAGGUGGGAGAUCUGGCACGAUGGAGCUUCGUGUUUGCCUAGUAUUUUAAGAGAGAAAAGUUGGUAAACAUAAAUCAAGAACUGGAGUUUAAUUCUUGUGCCAAGUCCUCCUAGGGUUAAGUGCUUCACAGGAACGGGUGUGUUAGGAAGCGUGUGGGAUGUGGAUCGUCAAUUACGUUUCCGCAAGAUUUUGUUCACUGCAUUGUGCAUAGGUAAUAUGUGAUAAAUAUAUCCCAAUCACCUGACAGUUGCUUCUUGAUUAGCAUUGGUUCUGAACUCUGUGGUAUAAAUGGAACAUUCCAGAACAAUCGGGAAAUUUUGGAGAUGAGCCUCCAUUAUUAAGAAAUUCUGGGAAGAGCAUGCCAGCCUGCUUCUUGUACACAAGCUCCCAGACCUAAGCCUGGGUGCAUGUUCUGGAGUGUUGCCUCCUUGUUUUAUUUCUGGGCCAGUCAUCUUUACUGAAAAGAUACUUUUGUAACCAUGCAUGGUAUCUAUGUAGAAUUUGUAAUCAUGAGAACAAAUGAUAGAACAUAAAGUAUAGCGCCACACAAGCCCCUUGCUCUGUUUUCUGUUUGCUUGCUUGUUUGCUUUCUGCAUUUUGUUUUUAAUGUAUAAAACUAGGCUAACUGUCAAAACAGCUUUUGUCUCCUUGUCCUCAUUUUCUGGUUUUAAAAUCCUGGUAAUAUUUUGUUUUGUUUUGUUU